GACAUAUCUGUAAAAUUGCAGUCACAGUCUUGCUACUUGUGCCCGUGGAUCGAUACAUACACGAACACGAUACAUACAUCUCCUAUUCUUACCGGUACCAACGCUCACUCUCCCCGACCUCCUCUCCUUGUGUCUAUACAUACAUCGUGUAUAUGUAUGUAUGUAUAGAUUAAAAGCUUAAUUGAUAAGCUCUGAUCUCAAUACAGAAAUGAGUAGCAGGAGAGGAGGUGCGGAGAUGUUGAAAGAUAGCAGGACCAAACAGAUUAAUGAUGCUCUUGAUAAGCAUUUGGAGCGAUCUUCGCCUUCUUCGUCUCGAGGCGGAGGAGGAAUAGCUUUUAAGGAGAAGGAUCGGGUUUCCGGGUUGUCCGGGAACGGAAAGGCUUCGUUUCAGAAGAAGCCUAUUGAGGAAUCUGAAACCGACAGCGAGGAAUCAGAUGUUAGCGGUUCUGAUGGGGUAGACUCAUCAUGGAUUUCUUGGUUUUGCAAUUUGCGGGGAAAUGAAUUCUUUUGUGAAGUUGAUGAGGAUUACAUUCAAGAUGAUUUUAAUUUAUGUGGAUUAAGCAGCCAAGUUCCAUACUAUGAUCAUGCUCUUGAUCUGAUUCUAGAUCUCGAGUCCUCUCCUGGUGAUGUAUUUACAGAGGAACAGCAUGAUUUAGUUGAAACAGCAGCAGAGAUGCUAUAUGGUCUGAUACAUGUUCGAUAUGUAUUGACAACUAAAGGGCAGGCUGCUAUGUUGGAGAAGUACAAAAAUGCUGAGUUCGGUCGAUGCCCUAGAGUUUGCUGCUCUGGACAACCCUGCUUAGCUGUUGGUCAAUCAGAUAUUCCUCGUCAAUCAACUGUGAAAAUUUAUUGUCCCAAGUGCGAAGAUAUAUAUGCCCCUCGAUCCAGGCAUCAAGAUAACCUUGACGGAGCUUAUUUUGGAACGACAUUUCCUCACCUGUUUUUGAUGACCUACGGGCAUCUUAAACCACAGAAGAAAUUGACGAGUUAUAUUCCAAGAGUAUUUGGUUUCAAGGUUCACAAACCAUGAUGCUGUAGUUAUGUUACUCAGUUACCUGGGAUUAAAUCUUGUGCUGCUGAACGCAAACCCCAAUACCAUCACUCAGACUCCUCGGAUAACAGAUGAUAGACUAGAACAGUUAUCUACUAUGAAAGUCUUUGGUGAGAGCAAUUGUAUUCAAAUGUAUGCUAAAUUUUACUUAUAAAUUUAGGUUCGAUAAUGAAUUUGUUGGGAUGUAUAAUAACUUUGUUGUAGAUUAGCUGCAGAGAGAAUGGUCUUCUUCUCAAGUAUGUAGUGGAUCUUAUUGAAUGGAAUUAUGUCCUGAAUUUUUUGGUUUAAAA